GAGCCGCCGGCAACGAUGAAACACAGGCAACAGGCUGCACGAUUAUCAGUCGUGGUGGACACUUCAUACAUGAUAGCAGACGAUAAGGCCAGACUAGGGCCUGGUGCAGCCCUCCCGGGCCAGUCCUUCACCACAGCCCACAGCAUCAAAGCCCACACCAACAUGUUGUGGUGGUCGGGGCGUCUUCUGGUGCUGGCCGCCUUGCUUACAGCCGCCGCCGCCGCCCUGGACACUGAGGAAAUACAGAAAGAAGAAGAAGGAUACUUAGUUGAAGCUGCUCGUGGGCCGCCAGAGAACGUGGCAGUGGUCGGGGAGUUCACCAACGCUCUCAAUGUGUCGUGGGACCCGCCAGGGGAGGAACCUACUUAUUAUACGGUAGAAGCUGGAACCAGUAACGAAAUUACACACGAUACCUUCUUCCUUAUAGAAGGACUGCAACCUUGUACACAUUAUAGUAUUAUCGUGACGUCUGUAUACGAAGACAACGGUCAGACCUUCCAAGCUUUUACGGACGCCACAACAGCCAUUUCAGUACCACCGGCACCACCAAGCUGUUGGUUUGACAACAUUGACACCACCUCGAUAACUGCCUACUGGACUGAUCCACCCAUUCAGUGUCCAGUUACCAACCACAACAUUAGCUGGACGUCACACGUCCUCUGGAAUGACAUGGAGGACACCUCGAAUGUCGCCCAAGCCACAGGAGACCACUACACAGUAAGAAUAGGUCUCAAACCCUACUCCAAUGUGACGGUCAGUGUGUCAGCCGCCACUGACGCAGGUUAUGGUCCCUCCACAACCUGCUGGAAUGUCACGCUUCAGGACAUACCCGGAGCCCCAACCAUCACUAACAUCACGUCGUAUGAACGUUCGCUGUACGUCUCCUGGUCACCGCCUGAGGAGGCAAAUGGAGUGAUCUUACAAUAUGUGUUCAGCUUUGAAAAUGAUCAUUUUAAGAGCAACGAAAAUGUGACUGGAAGUGUCAACACUGCUGCGUUUAGUGACAUACCUGUCUGUGACACCUAUGACGUCACGGCUCACGCUACCACCGAGGUAGGGGCGGGACCUGCGUCCGGAAGUUGGAAUAUUCACCACAGCGGCGCAGUUCCGCCAAGUUCUGUCUCUUGUGUCCUCGAGGAAGGAGGUACUGAGACGUCGGUGUGCUGGACGCCUUUUCCCAGAGAAUGUCUUGAUGACCCCAGCACUCAAUACGACAUCACCUGGAAAGGGGACGUGUUGUGGUCCAGUGACACAGACGAUGGCAGCGGUUUCUUGCCUUGGAGUGAAGAGCCACAGCUGUGUUACACAGCUGCGACCUCUGUGCCCUACACCAGUUACAGUCUGUGUGUGGGUGUGAAUGGUGACGUGACAGACACCGCGUGCUGCUCGGUCCAGACACCAGAGGCUGAGCCAGGCCCGCCUGUCAGUCUCACGGUGAAGCCAAAUGAAGGAUCAGCUUCUGUCUCCUGGCAGCCUCCUGAUGAAGCCAAUGGUAUAAUUUCAAUAUAUGAAGUCCGGUGUGAGAGUGAACAUGAUUCUAAAGUUAUAAAUGUGACUGGAGAAGACAACAAGGCUGAGGUUGAUGGCUUACAAGCGUGUGAGAACUACACCAUCAGUGUGAGGGCGAUGACUGAGGGCGGACAUUGGGGACCCGAGUCUGACCUCUCGACUAUUACCAUCGACGGGCCGGUGGCACCAAGUCCCGUGGAGUGUUCAAUUGUAGACGGUGACGUGAAGGUGUGCUGGACGCCGUCUCCCCGCUACUGUCCCAUGGACGGCUACACCGUCACCUGGGACGGCGCCAGGCUCUGGACACACAACACCGACCAUGUGGCUGGCAACAGCACAGAGCCUUGGGAGGACAAGAGUCAGAGCUGCCACCAGCUGGAGAGUUCUGUGCCAUACGCGGCCUACAACGUCUGUGUCAGUGUGUCGGGCUAUGACACAGUCGCCGACUGCUGCCAGAAACAGACGCCAACGGCCCUUCCUGGGCCGCCCGUCCUCAAGGGCCUACAGGUACAGGACACAUCAGUGACUGUCACGUGGGACGGGCCAGAGGAGGAGAAUGGUGUGAUAACUGGCUACCUGAUCACUUCCAUCGACCAAAACGGUGACUCCGUGAACCAAAAAGCGAACCAAAACGAAUACUCAAGCACGUUUGACAAUCUCAGGCGAUGUGCGAACCACACAAUCACCGUUCAAGCACAGACUUCCCAAGGCUACGGUACUCCAUCUAAGGAAAGUUAUGCUGUCAUCCCAAAUACAUUUGCAGACACCGGGAUGACUUGUAGCCAUGAUGAGUCUCGACAAGUGAGUCUCUCCUGGAGCCUGGAAGUGCCGGACUGUCCCGUGUCCCAGUUCCUCUUAGUCUGGAACACUACCGUUAAGUGGUCCAACGAGCACAGUCCCGCCGCUCAGGUGACCAUUGACGGGAGAAACACCAGCUACGUGCUACAACCGCUCAAGCCAGACACGCAGGUGUUAGCGUGCUUGAGCCGCGACGAUGAAUCAGGACCAACCACCUGCUGCUCCAGCACCACACCCGAGGACAUUCCUGGGCCGCCCGUACUCAAGGACCUACAGGUACAGGACACAUCAGUGACUGUCACGUGGGACGGUCCAGAGGAGGAGAAUGGCGUGAUAACUGGCUACCUGGUCACUUACACCGACCAAGACGGUAACUCCAUGAACCAAUCAGCGAACCCAAACGAAUAUUCAAGCACGAUAAACAAUCUCAGGCGAUGUGCGAAUUAUUUAGUGAGUGUUCAAGCAGAAACUUCUGCAGGCUUGGGAGACUCUGAUGGAAGAUCUGCUCCCAUCCCAAAUACAUUUGCAGACACCUGGAUGACUUGUAGCCAUGAUGAGUCUCGACAAGUGAGUCUCUCCUGGAGCCUGGAAGUGCCGGACUGUCCCGUGUCCCAGUUCGUCUUAGUCUGGAACACUACCGUUAAGUGGUCCAACGAGCACAGUGAUUUCACCACGACGCAGCUUGCUGGGGACAAGGUCAGCUACGUGCAAUAUGGCCUCAAGCCCUACACGGAUAUGACAGCUUGCUUGAACAUUGACACACAAGAAAGCAAGAAGAUAUGUUGUACCGGCACGACUGCAGAGGAGGACCCUUCCGCUCCCGUCAACUUGAGAGUGAAGAGCCACACCGCCUCGGAGGCCACCGUCGCCUGGUCACUCCCCGAGGACCUCAACGGCAAGUUAGACUCCUGGUUCAUCACUUGGAGUGGCAAUACCGAUGGCAAGGUAGACAUUGCUCCAACAUUAUAUACUUACGAAUUACAAGAUUUAAAGUCCUCUUCUACGUACACCAUCAGCUUAAUGGCCAGAAAUGGGGCUGGAGUUGGCGCUCCAGCCACUGUUGAAGUCACCACUGACAAGUCCCCCACCAACGUCGGGCUGAUUGUAGGGGUCACCUUGGGUGUGUUGACUGGGAUUGUGGUGGUGGGAGCCGGAGUCUUUUUCUACUACAGGAAGAAGAAGCACAGCAACACAGGCAGCGCUGAGAGGAACAGUCAACGGAAUAUGAAUCAGACCGGGGCUGCUGGAAGCAACAGUGGUGCUAAGUCAACAUACAGUAAGGGUCUAGCCAACGGCAGUUCCGUCCCUCGUGAUGAUUCGCCGACUAAUACCAUUCAGUCGUCGAGGUAUUACGGGAUGACGAACGGCAGUGCAUCGGCAAGUGAGAAUUAUCUCACAGAUGCCUUUGAAUUAUCAAGACUUAAUGCAUUGAAAAAAGGCUACGUCACGCCAAGCCGUAAUGGGAUGACGAACGGCACCGUAACUUCAACACAAUACGAGAGCACAAAUGACACUAUUUAUGGUAUACCGAGACUCAGUCCCCGUCCGCCUGUUGAGAGACGGAGAGCGCCGCAACCCGCCCGACGGAAUGACCCGGGUACAGGCAGUGAUGCCAACACAAGCCAUUUUAAUCAUAGUCGCGAUCAUGGAUUUCAACGCCAAAACAAUGUUGGCAGGAAUGGUCAUAUAGGAGAGAACCGACCAAGAGAUCCAUACAGCACAGCCGGUAGUAGAACCACCUAUUUUCCUUCGCAGAGUCGAACGGGAUAUUAUUAAAUAAUUCUCCGCACAAAAACUUGCAUAUCUGCUUCUGUUGAUUAAUCUAAUAUGAAAAUUUUGUGCUGAGAAUUAAGUGGAGGAGACCAAGGGACGUAAUGUUAGGUAAUUAUGAGGAGAAAGCGCUAAGCCAGCGUGACUGUUUAACACUAGGAUGGGGAUAUGAGGACCAGGAUUUAGGAAAGGACAGAGGGAAGGGAUAGUGUCCAGUCACUCGGACCGCCGACCUGCAAGAAGCGAGCCCAUCGUAGUACCAACCAGUCAAAGUAGUUGGGUAGCCAAGAGAGUGGGUGCCGCUGAGUGCCAGAUAGCAACGUAAUAGAGGGUCAUACAAGGUGUUAGUACACUUUAGGCAUAAAUACGGUACUGGCCUUCACAUCGGCUUUAACGAGUCUAAUUGAAUUAAACAUGAAUACAAAGUCUUGAACCGUUGAUGUUUGGAAUCUGAUUUCUCUGCCGAUUUAAAUGAACAACACUGAGGUUUCUUUACUGUGUUGUUGAUGAUGACAAACAUAUUUAGUGUAGGCGAUGAGUCACAAUAACGUGGCUGAAGUAUGUUGACCAGACCACACACUAGAAAUUGAAGGGACGACGACGUUUCGGUCCGUCCUGGACCAUUCUCAAGUCGAUUCUCACAAUCGACUUGACAAUGGUCCAGGACGGACCGAAACGUCGUCGUCCCUUCAAUUUCUAGUGUGUGGUCUGGUCAACAUAUUUAGUGUAAAUUGUUGUUGGCCCAAUGUGUUGUUCUGCUCAUUAUACACUACAUACUGCAUGCCAGGCCCCUCUCUGUGGUAAGUUAAAGCAGUAUAUUACCGCCCCUCUGAGUUACUUAAGUCAAGUGACAGAACAGUGACUGUCACAAUGUCACUGUCACAGACAAUGUGGGUUCCGGUACUGAACAGCAAUGACCUUUAAGGUAAUCAAUUUCCACGUUUGGUAAACCUGUUACAGCCAUUCAUAUUCCUCUCUGCUUGUAACUAGUUCUCCAAUUACAUAAAUUGCGCAAUUAACGGUGACUAUACUAAGGUUUCCAUUGCCCACUUGGUGCACACUUCACACCGUUGUCACAGUGAACCCAUCGUCUCUAACAGCACCGUAUGUUGACGCAAUGAACAAUUGUACAAUUGUAGAGGGAAGGGAAGGGAAGGGAUUUUUUUUUUAUCCUCAAAACGGACACAUCACGGGGAACUGAACAGUAGGGGCUCACACACACACAACCACGUUUUCUAUACAUUGGUCGGUUAGGUUAGGUGGAUGACUUGGGUUGGUGUGUUUCAGUACCUCGUAUUUUGUCCACUGUGGCACCUCGAGAAGAUGGGCUGCACAGUCACUGUGUCUUGGAGCAAGCUACGCAACCAAUUAGCCAAUCACACAAACCUAGCAGCUGGCUGACGCGGAGACCCUUAAACAUGCAGAACUCUGCCAGUGAGGUAAAUUAAUAAUUUUUAUACAACGUGAUAUUAUAAUGACCAAACCACACAACAGUAGAUGGAGAAACGAUGACUUUUAGCUUGAUAAUGAUCCUGGAUGGAUCGAAACGUUGUCGUUUCUCCCUCUUAUAAUGUGUGGGUUUGGUCAUUAUAUCUUCAGCCACGUUAUUGUGACUCAUCGUCUGCAACGUGAUAUUAUGUAUAUGUAAACGUCUUGAUGCUAAUGCUUAUAUUAUUUAGUUAAGAAAGGUCAGGAUUCUCAUGUUGAUUUAAAGGCGAUAAAGCAGACGAAGGUAUACUUUGUGUAUAUAUUCCUUUAUCCAUAACAAGCAUAUAUAUUCCAGAGCCAAAUUAGAUUUUGACGGCAAUUUUAAGUGUUUUGAAAACCAUUUGGGAUAUUUUGAAAGUCGUCUUAGAAGAUUAGAUAUAAAUUUUGGAUGUUUAAAAAGCAGUUUUUGGAUGUUUAGGGAAAACAUUUCUACACUUAGAAAGCAAUUUAGAAUGUUUAGAAUGACAUUUUUGGAUGUUCAGAAACCAAUUUUUAGUGUUUAGUAAGCAAUUUCGAGUGUUUAGAAAGACUUUUUGAAUGUUUAGAAGCCAAUUUUUAUAGAAACCCAUUUUUGUUGUUUGAAAAUCAAUUUUGGAUGUUCAAAAAUCAGUUUUGAAGGUGGAGAAAGCUAUUUAAAAUGUUUAGAAAGACAUUUUAAAUAUUUAGGAAGCAUUACUUGAUGUUAAGAAAAUAUUUUUAGUUUACUUGAGUAAGUAUUUUUAGUAACUGAGUAAACUAUAUGGAAAAAACUACAAAAAUUAUGUGACUAUGGAUCAUAAAUGCACAUUAUAUGUUAACCAGGGAAUAGUUAAUUGAUUGUUGGCUAGGAUAUUUAACUAAUUGGUGAUCAAGAUGAUCAACUAUUUUCAGGUGAUUUAACCAAUUAUAGUUUAGGAUUUCCAAUUAAAUAUUGGCGAAGGUUUCUCAACUGGCGAGGAUAUAUAAGUAUUACUUCAACAUGUUUCAAAUUAUUGGGAAAGUUAUUUAAUUGAUCGUUGGUUAGAAUGGUUUUGCGUCGUGAGGCAGCAGGCUCGGAUUUUCAAUUAAGUAUUAACCAGAAUAUUUAAUUAAUUGUUGAACAGGAUAAUAGUUAACCGUUUUGUGGGAUAUUCAAGUAAUUGCCAGCAGGAUAUCCCCCCUAAUUGUUGGGCUGAAUAUUCAAUUACCUAUUUGACAGGAUAUUCAAUUACCUAUUUGACAGGAUAAUCAAUUAACUGCUUGCCGGGUAUUCACCUAAUUGCUUAGCAUUAUAUUCACCUAACAGUUUGACAGAAUCUUUAACUACUUUCUUGGCGGAACUUUAACUGUGUGUAGGAUAUGCGCCUAAUUUGUUAAUUUAAGCAGAAUAUUAAGCUAAUUGCCAGGAUACUCAACUAACUUUCUAUCAAGGUAUUCUACUAACUGUUUGGCAGCUAAUUAAUUGAUUGUUAAUAUGUCAACUGGAAAUAUUUAGACAGAAUCCUAGUGUUUACAGUCACUAUAGUCUCAGUAUCUACUUAGUACUGUCAAAGUAGAUAUUGAAAGGCAAUUGUAAAUAUUUAAAUAUUUAUAUAUUAUAAGUAAUUGUAUCAUACGUACUUUAAUAAAUAUACUUCGAUAAAUAUUGUUGUUCUGUUAAUAUUCUGAAGUUGAUAUUUAUAAUACAAUUCCCAUAAUUUCAAACUCCUCUAGUCUAUGUGAAUCAUCAUCUGCAAAACUGGUAAUAAAUUAAUAAAAAAUAAGUAACUUCAGGAUGGAAAUUAUAAUGCUUUGAAUAACAUAUUAUAACACCUGGAUUAUAAAGUGUAUCAUGUGUUCUUGAUUUGAAUGUUAUUUCACAGUUUAACAUAUAACUAAUUUUUAAUCAUGUUGAUUAUUUAAAAUAUAAGUCAAAUAUAUGUA